AGCGAGAGAGAGAUCAUGGUGGCGCCGAACGUGAAGGCGGAGACGAUGAGGCUGAUGGACCGGCGGGCGGCGCUAGAGGCGGAGAUGGACGCCAUCAUCGCCGCCCUCGCCGCGCCCGGCGGGCCGGGCAUCGCCGGCGGCCUCGUCGACGCCGAGGGUUUCCCCAGGGCCGACAUCGACAUCCCGGCCGUCAUCGCCCAGCGCCGCAAGCUCGGUGAGCUGAGGAAUGAUCACAAGGAUAUUACAAACAAAAUUGAGAAGAAUUUGGAAGCUUUGCACUCUACAAAAUUAACAAGAAACGAGCAAUCAACUCCAAGAAGUUCUGGUACAUCAGUUCCUCUGCGUGGUGGGUUAUCUCAAAAUGAUCCCAUGGAAGAGGAUGUAGUGACCAGACUUCCUUUUGCCAUGAUUGAUGAGAUAGCAGAGGGUUCUCCUGCUGCUGUGGAUGGCUUGCUGCUCGGGGAUGAGAUAGUGAAGUUUGGGAGUGUAGAAGCUGGUGACAGGUUGCAGGAAAGGCUUGUUUCUGAAGCCCUUUCCAAUGAGGGCAAUCAAGUAUCUCUACUCAUCAAUCGUCAGGGGUCACCAAUGAACUUGACAAUUACACCAAGAAAGUGGCAUGGAAGAGGGCUUAUGGGGUGCCAUUUCAGAAUCUUAUGAAGGGCCAGUAUAUAUUCUACUGAAGAAUGGUGUGCUUUCACGUCUGUGCUUAUGCAGACAGCUCUUUCACCUCUACAUCUCAACAUCGAACUAAACUGAUAACCUGAAUGCCUGUAGUACUUGCUUUACCUGUAGCUGAAUUGCAGUACACUGCCAUGUGGAAAGCAAUCCAGCUUGCCUUGGGUGCAAGCUUUGUUUGGUACAUUACCCUCUUGCUUUCGUGAUGUAAGCUCGAAAAAAGAACUAUGUCUAUCACCUUUGGUAAUGAUGUAGAAAACCUGAAGGAA